AUGACUGAAGCCAUUCUAAAAGAAAAUAUUAAGCGUCGUGGUACCUGUAAGGCUCAGUUGACGAAUUUCAAUACCUAUUUGAGUGAAUUACCAGAAAAAUUAACUCCUCAUCAAAGGUUUGAGCUCGAGCUGCGUAUUUCGAGGUUGGAAUUAGUGUUUAACGACUUCCAUGACGUGCAAUUACAGAUCGAAUGUGCCCAUGAAGAAGCUGCCGAGCAAUACUCCCAGCGGAAUACUUUCGAGGCAACGUACUACAGCAGCAUCGCUCGCGCCCAGCUCCUGCUGAGCGAGGCGGAGGGUCCUGCAGGCAGGAGUACUAAGUCACCACCAGCCGAUAUGCAGGUGACGGAUAUGAAGCGCACAAAGGUAAAAUUGCCUGAAAUCAAUCUAAGUAAGUUUGAUGGUACGUACAGUCAAUGGUUGGAGUUUCGUGACAUGUAUGAAUCUAUGAUUCAUAAUGAUAGUAGCUUAUCCGAUAUUACGAAGUUCCAUUACCUACGAUCUUACUUAGAAGGCAGUGCUUUACUAGUUAUUAAAUCGAUCGAAUUUAGUGCUUCGAAUUAUCAAAUCGCAUGGGAGCUUGUGUGUGACAGCUCGGACCAAAAUGACUUAUUGCCACUCACACCUGGCCACUUCAUCAUCGGGCGAAGUAUGACGGCGAUCCCAGAAGAAGACCUUACUUCACGCACCAGAUUAGUGGACAGAUACCAGAAGAUUCAACAGCUUCGCCAGCACUUCUGGGCACGUUGGCAACUAGAAUAUAUAAGUGAGCUUCAGAUCCGUCGACGAACGGGCAACUAGAGAUUGGGACCCUCGUCGUUAUCAAAGAUAAGCAACAACCUCCAAUAAAAUGGCUCCUAGGGAGAAUACAACGAGUCUUCCCAGGGCGCGACGGCGUUACCAGAGUCGCAGAGAUUCAAACUGCCACUGGAUUGCUGCGCAGAGACUUUACCAAGAUCUGCCCCUUACCCGUGGACACUACAGUUGAAGACGACACUUCAAGGUCCGCCGGCAUGUCGCGUACCACUCCAACAGGGCGACCGCGGGGUGAGGUGACAGCGGGGAGCAGCCAUCUUCGGGAUUGACUUACUUACUAGCCACCGCGGCCAUGACUCGGCUCUUUACAUUUUUGUAUAUUUUUUAUAAUUAAAAUCAUAGUAACAAUU